UUUCCUGAAAACUCCUAUUUCUCAUUUGAUAUCAGACAGAACCUCAAUAUUAGGUGGGACUCGGAAGCCAUUGAAGGAAGUGUGACACACAUCUUAAGGGUUCAUACUCGCUCUGACGGAGCAGCUGAGAUGCUGAACAGAUUCAUUCUGAGCAUCCUGUUGCAGGGCCUGAUUCUGUUCCUAUUAGGCCCUGCCUGUGAUGCCUCUUCGCUGGGGCUGACGGUCCACGCUGUGCCCCUGGACAGCGAUGAUGGGAGAACGGUGGUGGCUCAUUUCACUGCCAUCGCUCCCAGUCCAUGUCCGUCUUUGUCUGGACUGUGUGCUGCAGAGGACGUGGACUGUAUGGUCCACACGACCUCGCUACCUUUCAGCGGCACCAAACCAGACCCCGGCUGGUGUGUUCGCCAGUGGUACAAAACUGUCCCCAGCAAUUACAGCGACAUCAUCAGUUUAGGGUCCGACACAGAAAUGUAUGUAUCUAUGAAUGCGGGACCAAAAGUGCGGGAAAACAGUGGGAGGCUCAACCAGCCCCCUUAUGUGGCCCUCCCUCCUCCACUCAGGGCCCGUGUGAAUUGUCCUCACCACGUCCAUCUGUCGGCGAAAGACCUGGAUGGGGACAAGGUGCGAUGUCGCUUCGCCCGCCCCGAGGACGACGAGUGCAUGAACUGCACAGAGCACUCAUUUAUCGAGCUGGACGAAGAGAAAUGCAUGUUGACAUUCACUGGAAAAGCACCGGCAGGACAGUAUUUCAUCCACCUGAUGGCGGAAGACCUGGUUCCAGUGCCCAAAAUGAGGGACGUUACAGACCACACACCCCUCAGCGCCGUCCCCGUGCACCUCUCUCUCACUGUGGAGGAGUCGUCUUCCAGCUGCACCGAUGAACCUGUGGCCAUAGGUGAGACACCCACAGAGGACUCCACGAUGUUUGUCCUGCCAUACGAAGAGGUGAAAUUCAACAUCAACUAUAUGUCAGAGCUGGAGAGUGUAACAGAAGUAGCAGUGGUUGGUCCCCCUGAACUCUACAGGGUUGGGUUCAAUACAGUCGGCCCCCUAGCAAUGAUGACCAUGGCCUGGAUCCGCGCUGAAAACCAACUGGCCAGCCUUUUGCCCAUCUGCUUUGCUGUGAAUACCAACAAUUUGCAGUCAGAGCCCAGAUGUGUGUGGCUGUACCAAAGAGAAAUGAAGACGCUACCUGCUGGAACAGAGCUGACGUGUAAUGAUACAGAGAUGACUCUGGUGCUCCCUGUCGCCUCCCUGAUUGACAUUGACCUGGCUGAACUGCAGCUCAACAGCCCCACCUGUCCCAUCAACUACAACGACACAUACCUGACUGCACACAUCUCCUUGAACGGCUGCGGCACCAAGACUGUGCAUGCUGGUUCAGAGCUUGUUUACACCAACACCUUGCAAACUGUGCAUACCUCCAUUAUAAGGCGCGUGCCGUCCCUCACCCUCCCUCUGGCUUGCCGUAUCCCUGGAGCCCAGGUCAAGGGACCGCAGUACCAGAUCAGCAUACCCACAGAGAAGGAGACCUUCGGCAAUGUUGAUUUUUGGAUAGAAGUUCAUCUUCCAGGAGAAGGGCCUUUGUCAAAAUUCACAAAAUUCCCAAAGUUCCGCACCCUCCCGGUUUCACCAGGGCGAUUGCGUCGAGAAGCGAAAUUAGCGAAAUCAGAAAGCAGCGACACCUCCAUCAACACCAGGGAUGAGGUGGGGUCCAGGCUCGAAAACCUGGAUCUCCAUUUAAUGUCCAACUGCAGCAUCGAUCGAGCUGAGUUGCUGGUGAGCAAUUGUAUUGAGUCUGAGACGGAGGACUUCGCAGAGUCCCACCCCAUUCUGGACCAAGGGUGUACAGCUUCCAACGACACAUUAGAGAUUAUUACAACAGAAAGCACUUCGAAGAUUUACCGCCUUGAUUUGAGCAACGUACAGACCCAAGGAUCGACGAUGUAUAUCCGCUGCACAGUCAAUCUGUGCAUCAGCACCUUACCCUCUCAGGAAUGUCCUGAUCUGUGUACCCGCAGCCUUAAUCAGAGAUCAGUGGUUAGCAGUCUGUUCACCAAGAGUUACACCAUCAGCUCAGGACCCGUUAGCCUUGUGGUCACAACUCCUGCACCAAAAGCAACUGUCACUCCUACACCAGCUACCACCGUUGCUCAGACCACUGAUCGUGCUCCAGAACAGGCUUCAGCCAUGGCCGCAGGAGUGAUUUUGGCAACUAUCAGCAUACUUCUUCAAAACGUCUUCCUUCACUGAACAUGCUGCUGGGUGAUGUUCUGUUUGAAUAUGGAACACUACGUUUCACCUGCCAUGUUGCUUUCUGGCUCACAUUGGCUGUUGCUACUAUAUAUACUAACACCUGUUUUGUUUGUUUUUAAAGCCCUGACGAAGACCUACUGUGGUCCAAGCAUGUUGGCUAUUUUAAUGAUUUAGCCACUAAAAUAAAGGCUUUUUGAUAUUUCUUUCCUCAUUUGUUAUAUUUCCUUACAUUUGGAGUGGCUGGAUUGCCUUCUUGUUUGACCUACAUUUGCCCGUUUGGGACAUUUGAAGACCUUUCUGGUCACUUCCUGUCAGCUUUCUAUUGAUUUUAGCAAAUAAAUGCACAAAUUCCUUAAAAAUAUAUAAUUAAUAUAAUACAAUAGAGGACUACUUUGCUUACACCAUUAUUUUAUAAUAUUUUGUGUAUCUGACUAAUUUGGAAAUUGGAUGUCAAAAAACUACUGAGCAGUGGAUAACAAAUAAUAACAGAUACACCAUUUUCUCCUUGUGAGCUCUUAUUGCCUUUUGCUGUUCACUGCAGGUGUGGAUAAAAAUGUAGGUGUAUCUGAAAAUCUACAAACAUUUAAGGUAACUCAAACAUUUAAUCAGGCACUUUGACCUCUGACCUUAAGAUCCAGUUUGUGCAUUUUGUCUUCGACCUAAAAAUCUGUUUUAGGCAGUAAAACUGUACUUAUGGUUGUGUGAUGUGCACCCAUCUUUACCUUAAAUGCAAAAAUUUAUUUUUCUAUCUAUUUUGGCAUAACAUGAAUAUAUUAUUAAACGACUUCAAACUGA